AUGGAACCCCCGAAAAUCGCUGGGCCAAGACUACCUGCCCGAAAGACAAACGCCACAGCUCUGACCUCGCCGGCCAAUUCGGUCCCCUCCGCGCUUACAAGUAAUCUCAACCCAUCACUUCCAGCUCCGCCAUUCCAUAAUGCUCAUCCAUCAGUGAUGGAUGCCGAUAAAUCAGAAGACCGGUCCCAUCGAGCUGCCAGUGUAUUAUCCAUGGAUGACCUUGAAGCCGCGCAGGCCCUCGAGGGUCUUCGUUCCGAUUUCGGACACUCUCCUCGAACGGCGCGACAAUCCCUUCCCAUCGCUUCGCCGGACCCACCACGGCCAGAGCCACUCUUGUCUCUACUAACUUCGUCCCAUCCCCUUAUCUCCUCUGCUAUCAACGGCUCAGUAUCUGCGUAUGCCACGUCGAAAUCGUACUCACCGCGAUUUAAGUCCGGUGCAGAGUUUAUCGAGCGCAAUAUCGGAUCCCCCGUCGCGAACACCGUUGGUACAGUAGGCCGCAAGACUGGUGUUGAAAGUGGUCUUCGCUGGGCGCUGCAGCGACGGGAUUCUUCAAACGAUAACUCGAAACACGCCAAAAAGCGACGAAAGAUGGAUGAGAAUGUAUCACCGAAGACGAUGGACGUGGAAAACGGUCCAGACGGUCCAGCCCAGCAACAGCCGCGAACACGGAGCUCGUCCGAUUUGUCCAUGGCCGAGUCGCUUCCUCCGUACGAUGAGAUGAGAUCUCCUCACUACGAAGAGAAGCCUGGAAGACGCACAUCGGCGACAUGGCAAAGUCGACUGGUGAUUUCGACUUCUGGUCUCGGAGUCGCCAUGAGCGAAGAAUCGCUGCGUAGUCUGCAGUACUGUCUGACCUGGCUUCGAUGGGCGAAUGGUCGAUUGGGCAAGUCGAUUGUCGCACUACAUGGGGCUGUUCAGGAAUGGGAGGCCGAGAAAUCACGAUCACAAUCGGAUAUCGAGGCAGGAGGCAGUGGCCAAGAAAACGCCUCGUUGCUUAUUCAGCGCAUUCAAGCUGUCAAGGCCGAUGUGCUUUCGACCUUGAAACAGGUCGUGGAUGUGGUCUCCAAGUAUGCAGGAGGUGCUCUGCCAGAAAAUGCCCGCUAUUUGGUGCGUCGACACUUGACGUCCCUGCCGCACCGCUUCCAGGUUGCAUCCACAUCGCAGCCACCGCCAGAUUCCCCGGCUGCAUCGUCGGAUGCUACAGUCAGUGCCCAUCGCAUCUUGGUUCUUGCACAAGAGGGCCUAGACAUGAUGGCUCAAGUCAGUGGCGUCGUCAAUGAUACACUGGUCAGUGCUGAGCACUGGUGCGAUCGGCUGGGCCGGAAACGCCCCGAGAACCGGGCUUCAUCCGACAUGGAGAAGCAGAGCGAGCCUACCCCUGGCGCUCACUCAUACGACAUGGAUAUCAAACAGCCUCUCCCCGAGAACGCGAUUCAAGACGAUGUCUCGAUGUCCGGGAUGGAGAAGGUAUAA